AUGAGUAGAUACGAACAACAACACGGAUACAAGAGGAAUACUAGCGGAAGGAGUGUGGCAUCGUCAAGUUUGAAGAAUGAGAAACUUGGAGAGGCAUGUGCUGCCAGUUUGGAGGAGUUAUUAAAGUUGGAGGAUAACAAACAUUGUGCAGAUUGUGGAUCAAUUGGUCCGAGAUGGGCAUCAAUCACAUUUGGAAUAUUCAUUUGUUUGAGAUGCUCUGGAGUACAUCGUUCAAUCAACUCUGGACAGACUUCAAAGGUAAAGUCUAUAUCAUUGGAUAAUUGGACCCCAGAAUGGGUGGAGAUUAUGAAGAAUAUGGGUAAUGGAAAGUCCAAUGCAAUCUAUGAGGCAUGCUUGCCACAUGGCUACAGGAAGCCAGACAUAAACUCUGAUCCACAUUAUCUUGAACACUUUAUCAAGGCAAAGUAUGAGAAUAAGGAGUACACAAUGGAGAAUGCUUCUCAUCAUAGUAGCAGAGAUAGAGAUGGUGGUCAUAGAAGACAUAGUGGUGGUUACAAUAACAACAACAACUAUAAUGGCAGCGGCGGCGGCGGUGGUGGACGGAACAGGAAUGAUGAAGAGUCACGAUACAAUGAUCAUCAUAAUCACAAUUCAUCAUCAAGAGGUGGUGGAGAUUCAAGAAGAUUUGACAGGAAUGACAUGUCAAACAAUAUGGACAACCGUCGUGAUAAUGUACAGGGUAGAAGACAACAUGAUAUCAACAGUCCGCCAGGAGCCAAUGGAUCAGGUGGUGGUAGUCAUGGAUCACAAUACUCAGACUCCCGAAAGUCUACAAGUCCUUCACUAGUUGAUGAUGGGUUUGGAUGGCCUUCAAUCAACAACACUCAACAUAACAAUAUCAUUGAUGGUGGCAACAACAAAAUGUCGCCAAUGUCUGUUGGAAACAACAAUGUCAAGAACAACAACAACUUGUUUGACUUUGAGAGUGGACCACCUCUUGCUCCGAUACACUCGACUCCAAUGAACAAUGUAAAUAGUCCAAUGAAUCAAGGCAUGAACAUGAACAUGAACAUGAACAUUGGUCAAGGAAUGGGCAUGAAUAACUCCUCACCUAUGAAUCAAGGUAUGAACAAUCAAAUGUUCAAUGGAGGAGGCAACAACAUGAUGAACAUGGGAAUGAACAACCAGAUGCGACAAGUCCCAAUGCAGCAAGGUAUGAUGAUGCAGCCAAUGUCAAUGCCAAUCUCACCUUCUGUCUAUGGAAUGCAACCAAUAUCACAAAUGGGUCACCAACAACAACAACAGCAUAUGGGUCAGCCACAGCAGAUGCAGCAACAAUUCAUGAUGCCAAUGCAAAUGAAUGGUGGAGUAGGAGGAGUAGGAGGAGCCAACAACAGUAACUACUUCAUUCCUCCGCCCAACAAUCCCCAGAGACCUAACUAUAGUGGUGGCGGAGAUCUACUUGGUAACGCACCUACAUCAAACAACAACGCCUCAAUACCCAGACCAUUCUCAUCACUUGGUGAAUUUGACAACUAUUCUGAUGGCGUCAGAAACAUGGCACCAAGUCAACCAAGUGGCACAAAGGGGAACCAAGUCAACAUUGACCUUAUGUUC